AUGUUAUCUUUACUUUCUUCAUCUUCAACAUUAAAACAAAAUCAUCAUCAAUGUACAGAAUGUCGAAAAUCAUUUGCAACACAUAGUGGUCUUAAACAACAUAUGCAUAUACAUAAAACAAUCAAACCUUAUACAUGUGAAAUUUGUUCAAAAGCUUAUACUCAAUCAUCUAAUUUAUGUCGUCAUAAACGUAUUCAUUCACGUGAAAUUAAAUGUCCAACUUGUUUAAUAACAUUUCCGAAUGGACAAUAUUAUGUUCGACAUAAAAAAACAUGUUCAGUUAAUACUAAUACUAAUUCUAUUAAUACUAAUAAUAAUCUUAAUGAGGAGCAUAAAUGUAAAGCUAUUGGUGCUGCUGCAACACAAAUGUAUCAUUCAUUAUCAACAAAAGAAACUCUAGCAUCAUCAACACUUCCAAUUGAAGCAUGGGCACUUUUACAUAAACAAAUUCUAUUUCAUUUCUAUCAACAACAACAACAUCAACAGCAACAGCAGGAAGAACACCAGCAAGAAGAUGAGGAAGAUGAUGAGCAAAUUACUUGUGAUACACCACUUGAUUUAACAAUACCGAAGAAAAGUUCAAUUGAAGAUGAAUCAAAUAGUAGUAGUAUAAUAUCAGAUGAAGAUGAGGAUGAAGAAAAACAACAAAUUGAACAACAACAACAUCGAUUACAUGGUAAUGGGUAUUAUGAAUGUGAAUUUUGUUCGAAACAAUUUCCUCGUGCUGCGAAUUUAACAAGACAUUUAAGAAGUCAUACAGGUGAACAACCUUAUACAUGUUUAAUGUGUACAAGAGCAUUUAGUAUAUCAUCAAAUCUACAACGACAUAUUCGAAGUAUUCAUCAUAAAGAACGACCAUAUGGAUGUAGUGAAUGUGGAAAACGUUUUGGACAACAAACAAAUCUUGAUCGUAAUUGA